AUGAUGUUUUUGCUUUUAUUUUUUAUUUUCGUUAUUGUUCAUGGACAAUUAUCUGUAGACGAAUUAUUCUUUUUUAAUUCGAAAUAUACAUUAAAUGGUCAUUGUAAUAAUUUUCAAUAUACAUUUACGAAUAUUCAAAUAAAUUCGAAUAAUUAUAAUCAAAUUAUUUUAAAUUGUAAUUUGUCAACUAUUAUUUUUCGAAAUAAAGACUAUAUAUCGUCAUCAAUUUGUCCUAAUGAUGAAGAUUAUUUUCAAAAUUUCUUUAUACGUUUUCAUCAUUUAUCACAAACAUUUAUUCAAGUAAAUCAACUUCAUUUACAUGGUAUUGAACUAUGUUCACUUGAUGAUCUUAUUCGAAGUAGUUAUAGUGAAUAUUCAUAUUAUCGUUCUCAAUGGGCUUUAUUAAUCAAUAUAGAAAACAAUAAUAGACAAGAAAAAUAUCAUUUAGCAAUAGCUACCAAUGGUAAUAUGACAUUUAUUUUAUUUAUAUUAUCAAAUGAAUAUGAUAAAACAUUAGUAGAAAAUGGUAUUGAACUUAUUUUUCCUAAUGAAAAUAUUUUUAAAUUUAAACAAUCAUCUAUUAAUGUUUGGCGUAUUGAUCAAGGUUAUGUACGUAAUCCAAGUUCUCUAAAAAGUUCUAUUUAUCAAUUAUCAAAGUCAAAAUUUACUCUUUUUAAUAAUGAAACAUUUUUUCUUUAUGGUACACAAAUAUCUAAUUCACGUCGAUUUAGUGUUUCAAUUGAUGAAAUACUAGUUAAAUGUAAUUAUGAUUAUAUACUUCAAUGUACAUUUCCCAUAUUACCUUGGAAUGUACUUGAUAAACAUCAACCUAUGUUAAGAGUUAUUUAUAAUCGAGAAUAUAUUUUUAAUGCUACUUUAACAUUAAUUCCACGUACUCGUCUUGAUCAUGUUCCAACUAAUCAUAGUCUCACUGAUAUAGGAACAUUUAAAGUCAAUAUUGAUGAAAAACUCUGCGCAAGUGAAUCAUUGAAAUCAUUGUUCACUUUUAUUAUUCAUCUAUGGAAAGAAGACAUGAAUAGUACUAUACGAUAUCAAAAAUUUGAAAAGAAGGAUAUACGAUCGGUUGAUUGUAAUAAAGCUGCUGAAAUUGGUCAGGAAAUUGAAAAAAUUAUGCAUCCGAUAUCACUUGAUGAUAUUAUAUCAAUGAAUGUUGAUCUUACACAUCAAUGGUAUGAUCAUCAAAAUUGCCGAGCAGAAAACACAAGAAUUACAUUUAAUUGA